UAAUAAUAAUAAUAAUAAUAAUAAUAAUAUAGGCCUAGGUCUAAAUCGAAAAAGGAAAAUAUAUUUUGUGGCCUUUAUCUGGUUGCCUUUGUAGAUACAUAAAUCAGUAUAUCUAAUAUAAAUAUAUUUCUAUAUUUUGCAAUGGGUGUGCGAUGUGGACCGUUGGGGAUGUGCUUCGUUUUCGGUCUUCUCUGUGCCGACGCUGCUUCGGUGAACAGGCAGUAUAUCAACGAAUGGGCUGUAGAAAUCCCCGGGGGAGCCGAUGCUGCCCGGGCAAUCGCCGAAGAGCUGGGCUACCAACUGGUCAGACAGAUUGGGGCUCUGGAAAAUCACUACUUGUUCAAACACCAGAGUCACUCCAGGAGAUCAAGAAGAAGUGCUGAGCAUAUAACGAAAAGGCUGUCGGAGGACAAGAGGGUGUCAUGGGCGGAACAGCAGUAUGAGAAGCAGCGGCGAAAGCGGGAUGUGCUCAGUACAGAAUGUACUAACUGCCCAGUGGAAAACCUCUUCGAUGACCCCAUGUGGAGUCAGCAGUGGUACUUGCAAGACACCCGGACAUCAGCAUCACUGCCAAAGCUGGAUCUCCAUGUGAUUCCUGUGUGGCGAAAGGCGAUCACCGGAAAGGGGGUGGUCAUCACUGUCUUGGAUGAUGGCCUGGAGUGGAACCACACGGAUAUCUACCCCAACUAUGACCCGGAAGCCAGUUACGAUUUUAAUGACAAUGACCCUGACCCCUUCCCCAGAUACGACUCCACUAAUGAGAACAAGCAUGGAACAAGGUGUGCUGGUGAAAUUGCGAUGCAGGCUGACAACAAGAAGUGUGGAGUUGGGGUGGCUUACAACUCCAAGGUCGGAGGGAUCCGCAUGUUGGAUGGCAUAGUGACGGAUGCCAUUGAGGCCAGCUCCAUUGGCUUCCGACCUGAUCACGUGGACAUCUACAGUGCCAGCUGGGGCCCCAACGAUGAUGGCAAAACAGUGGAGGGGCCGGGACGCCUGGCACAGAAGGCCUUCGAGUAUGGCAUCCAGAAUGGUCGCGGUGGGAAGGGCUCCAUCUUUGUGUGGGCUUCAGGAAAUGGGGGCAGACAGGGAGAUAACUGCGACUGUGAUGGCUACACAGACAGCAUCUACACCAUCUCGAUCAGCAGCGCCUCGCAGCAGGGCCUGUCCCCCUGGUACGCUGAGAAGUGCUCCUCCACCUUGGCCACAGCCUACAGCAGCGGAGAUUACACCGACCAGAGAAUCACCAGUGCUGACCUGCACAACGAGUGCACUGAGACGCACACCGGGACCUCUGCUUCUGCUCCGCUGGCUGCUGGGAUUUUCGCCUUGGCGCUGGAGCAGAACCCCAAUCUCACCUGGAGGGACCUGCAACACCUGGUUGUUUGGACAUCAGAGUUUGACCCUUUGGCUAACAACCCGGGCUGGAAGAAGAAUGGUGCUGGGUUGAUGGUGAACAGCCGGUUUGGCUUCGGGCUCCUGAACGCCAAGGCGCUUGUAGACUUGGCAGAUCCUAAAUCAUGGAAGCAUGUCCCGGAGAAGAAGCAGUGCAUUGUGAAGGAUGACGACUUUCAGCCAAGGUCAUUGAAAGCUGCUGGUGAGAUCACCAUCGAAAUCCCCACAAAAGCCUGUGCUGGACAAGAGAACGUCAUCAAGUCCCUGGAGCACAUUCAGAUGGAGGCCAGCAUUGAGUACACCAGGAGAGGAGACUUGCACAUCACCCUCACCUCCCCAUCAGGCACCAGCACAGUUCUGCUAGCUGAGCGGGAGAGGGACACCUCUUCCAAUGGCUUCAAGAACUGGGAUUUUAUGUCUGUCCAUACCUGGGGUGAAGAGCCUGCUGGCACCUGGACCUUAAAGAUUACGGAUAUGUCUGGUCGUAUGGAGAACAAGGGCCAGAUCAUUAGCUGGAGGUUCAUUCUGCAUGGCACAUCCGAGCGACCAGCACACAUGACGGUACCAAGGGUGUACAUUCCUUACAACGCCGUGCAGAAUGAUCGCCGCGGUGUGGAGAGGAUGGAGGACAUGUUGAAGGAGAUGCCCACUGAGGCCCAUCAACCUCCGAAGGCUCAGGCCACGUUCAAACCCACAGCCGAGGAAGCCAAGGAGAAGAAGGCUCCCUCCACUGCCCUCAUGCGACUCCUGCAGAGUGCUUUCAAUAGGCAAAGCAGUAACCAGGCCAGCCAGCCCCGCGCCAACCCUCGGCCCUACGCUGCCCCCAGGGACCCGGAGGGGGAUAACAUCCACCCACACACCCCUUACCAGAACCUAUACCAGGCCCUGGACAAGCUGAAUAAGCACAGGGGCUCUGAGGACAGCCUGUACAGUGACUAUAGUGACGCAUUUUACAACAGCAAACCAUAUAGACACAGAGAUGACCGGCUGUUACAGGCACUGCUUGACAUGGUGGCUGAAGGUGGCCAGUAGGGCGGGCGGCACUGGGUGCUGCUGGUGUGGAUGUGGUGAGGCUGCCGUAGCCUCCAGCAGCCCCGGGCACAGCAAUGUCCAGAGCAGAAAGGUUUGCUGGCUCUUCCGGUGAGGUUUAUUUGUUUUUCCCCUGUAGGCUUACUGUCUGUAACUUGUCAUGGCCUCACUAUGUGUUGAUAUUGUCUAGCCAAGGGAGGUCCAUGUCCCCUGAUGGUUUGCAUUAGACCCAGGUUUCCUAAAUUAGCCCUCAACGCAGUUCAUCAAUAGCUGAUGGACCAGAUUCGGCCAGAUUGGCACAUCUUAGGCACACUGCGUGAGCGCAGUUUCACCCACUGCAGUUUCCAUUAUUGAAUAUUUGUGAGUGUUUGAAAAAUUGAGUCUUUUUCCCCACAUAAAGUGUUCUGGUCGACCUGCUCAUGUGACUUGUACUGUUCUGCUGUUCUGUAAUAACAGUGCUGGUUAUGGCUAUGAACCCCCCCCCACCCCAAAAACUUCAU